CAUGCAUACACACACACACACACACAUCCACAGAGCUGGCGCGCAGAGCAGUGGCGCCCAUCCUCUCUCUCAGUGCGACUCCUCCGAGGGAUCAGGAGUAGACUAAGUCAAACUUCCAGCAGCUUAAAAUUUGUGCGCAACCUUUGAAGGAUCCAAGACGUCAAGCGCUGAAGACAGUGGAGGGGUGAAGUACACCACAUCUGGAAUCACACAAGGGGAUGAAAACAUGGGAUCUAAUCCCAGUAGAGCCAAGCGGAGUGUAAAAAACGAAUAAAAACAAAGGUGUCUGUGGUGAUGUUGUCAUGUGCCAGCUGCCAUCUGCUCUUAUUCUUCUUUAUUCAGCAGGACUGAUGCCCAGAUGGUGUGCCCCUCCAUGUGUGGUCCAAUUCCGCUCUCCCUGACCGUUUCAUGGGCCUCAAACCGACCCAAACAUCCACGGCCGCUGCUUCACUCACAAGCCUCACACCUCACCCGUAACCCCUCGCCCCUAACGUUCACCCUACGCCCCUCACCUCCCUCUGUCUCACUCUCCAUCAAGCCUCUUCUCACAUUUUGACAAUCCUAAACUUCCCCUGAGCCCAACAUGGUGGCCCGCGUUCCAGCUCUAGUCUUGGUUAUGAUGUGUCGGGGCGUCUUGCUGUCAGUCGGAGACCCACCUCAGUCCCGCCGGGAGAUACGCAUCGAGGGUGACCUGGUGCUCGGCGGCCUGUUCCCGGUGCAUGAGAAAGGUGCUGGGAUGGAGGAGUGUGGCCGUGUGAAUGAGGACAGAGGGAUCCAGAGGCUGGAGGCCAUGUUGUUUGCCAUAGACAGAAUCAAUAUGGACAACACUUUGCUGCCCGGGGUCUCCCUCGGUGUCCACAUCCUGGACACCUGCUCCAGAGAUACCUAUGCACUGGAGCAGGCUCUGGAAUUUGUAAGAGCCUCCCUCACCAAGGUGGACGACACAGAGUUCAUCUGUCCAGACGGAUCUUACGCCCUGCAGGACGACAGCCCGCUGGCGAUUGCUGCUGUCAUUGGAGGAUCCUUCAGCAGUGUCUCCAUACAGGUUGCCAAUCUUCUCAGGCUCUUCCAGAUUCCUCAGAUAAGUUAUGCGUCAACCAGUGCCAAGCUCAGCGAUAAGAGCCGCUAUGAUUACUUUGCCCGCACCGUGCCCCCUGACUUCUACCAGGCCAAAGCCAUGGCCGAGAUUCUCCGCUUCUUCAACUGGACAUAUGUUUCCACAGUGGCAUCAGAGGGGGAUUACGGUGAAACAGGCAUAGAGGCCUUCGAGCAAGAGGCCCGCAUGAGGAACAUCUGUAUCGCCACCUCAGAGAAGGUGGGGCGUUCUAAUGCUAAGAAGUCCUAUGAAGCUGUGAUCCGUCAGCUCCUCCAGAAGCCUAACGCCCGUGUGGCCGUCCUCUUCCUGCGCAGCGACGAUGCCAGAGAGCUGCUGGCAGCUGCUGCCAGGCUUAACACCUCCUUCAUCUGGGUUGCUAGCGAUGGCUGGGGUGCGCAGGAAAGCAUUGUCAAGGGAAAUGAGGUCACCGCUGAAGGAGCCAUCACACUUGAGCUGGCAGCCAAUCCCGUGCCAGAGUUCAACCGUUACUUUCUCAGCUUGAACCCAGUCAAAAACCAUCGGAAUCCCUGGUACAGGGAAUUCUGGGAGCAGCGGUUCCAGUGCUCUUUGGGUGGUGGAGGAACAGGAGGAGGGGGGGGUGCUGGAUUGGGAGAGACACCUCUCCCACCGUGUGACAAGGACUUGUCAAUGGACAAGAGUAACUUUGAACCAGAGUCCAAGAUCAUGUUUGUGGUAAACGCGGUGUACGCCAUGGCUUAUGCCCUCCAUGAUAUGCAACGGAGCCUGUGCUUCAACACCACCAAGCUGUGCGACAGCAUGAAGGCCUUGGACGGGCGCAGACUCUACAGGGAUUACAUCCUUAAUGUCGGCUUCACAGCCCCUUUCUCUCCUCCAGGCAGUGAGACAGUAGUGAAGUUUGAUACCCAGGGGGAUGGCAUGGGCCGAUACAACAUUUUCAGCUACCAGCGCUCUGGCGAUCGUUACGGUUACGUGCCAGUAGGUGAAUGGGCAGAGAGUCUGAGUCUGAGCAGCGAUCUGAUUCACUGGCCCAGAGAAGUGGUGCCCACUUCGCAGUGCAGCGACCCCUGUGAGCGCAAUGAGAUGAAGAAAAUGCAGGCAGGUGAGUACUGCUGCUGGAUCUGUACAGCCUGUGAGCCUCAUGAAUACCUGGCUGAUGAGUUCACAUGCUCGCCCUGUGCUCCUGGCCAGUGGCCCACUGAUGACCUGACAUCCUGUUACGACCUUCCUGAGGACUAUAUUAUGUGGGAAGAUGCCUGGGCCAUUGGUCCAAUUACUAUUGCCUGUGUAGGGUUUAUGUGCACUGGCUUGGUGUUCUGGGUGUUUAUUCGGCACAAUAACACACCGCUGGUGAAAGCAUCAGGCAGAGAGCUAUGUUACAUCCUCCUGUUGGGAGUCUUCAUGUCAUACGCCAUGACUUUCCUCUUCUUGGCCAAGCCCUCUCCUGCCAUCUGUGCCCUGCGGCGCCUCGGCUUGGGCACGUCAUUCGCUGUCUGCUACUCCGCCCUUCUCACCAAAACCAACAGAAUCGCCAGGAUUUUUAGUGGGGUGAAAGAUGGAGCGGGUGCAGUGAGGCCACGCUUCAUUAGCCCGUUCUCUCAGGUUUUCAUCUGUUUGAGUCUUAUCUCAGUCCAGUUAGUGAUGGUGUCGGUGUGGCUGCUGCUGGAAGUUCCCGGGACACGGCGCUUCACGUUGCCAGAGCGACGGCAAACUGUCAUCCUCAAGUGUAACGUACGCGACUCCAGCAUGCUGCUGUCACUGGGAUAUGAUGUGCUCUUGGUCAUCCUGUGUACUGUGUAUGCCUUCAAGACCAGGAAGUGCCCCGAGAACUUCAACGAGGCCAAGUUUAUUGGAUUCACUAUGUACACCACCUGCAUAAUUUGGCUGGCAUUUCUUCCCAUCUUCUAUGUUACAUCUAGUGACUACAGGGUUCAGACCACGACCAUGUGUAUCUCAGUCAGCCUGAGUGGCUUUGUGGUCCUGGGCUGUAUGUUUGCUCCCAAGGUCCAUAUCAUCAUGUUCCAGCCCCAAAAGAAUGUGACCAGCCACAGGCUUAACCUCAAUCGCUUCAGUGUCAGCGGGGCUGCCACCACAUACGCGUCUCACGCUUCUGUCAGUGCCCACUACGUCCCGACCGUGUGCAACGGGAGAGAAAUUGUCGACUCCACUACUUCCUCUCUGUGACCACACCCAGUCCUCUCUCUAAAUCUGCCCCUGCGACUGUUAGCGAAUCCAUGAACAUUAUCCUUCUCAAGCAUCAUUCCCCACCUCAUACACAUACUGAACACAGUCAAACACACACACACACACGUACACAAAUGUACACAUACACACAUAUACACGCACAAACCAACAAACACCUUCCUUGUGGACUAGAACUGUAUUGUUUCACAAAUGUAGAAAGUGUGUAUCUAUAAUUAAAUUAUUUUCUAGGGAUGUACAUACAUGGAAUCGACAUUGUUGUAAGUAGAGAAACAAAACAAAAAAAGUUUUUAGGAGGAAUUUUUGGAGCCUUUGUUUUUGAUAGCUUUGUUAUGAUGCGGUGUAAAUAGACAUUCGCUUACUCAUGGUAGGAGGGUGUGUAUCCCUCAGUUUGGAUGCACAUUUGUGGCUCUGCUUGACUCACCCGCAAUAUCCCACAGACUUUUUAUUCUCAUGCUUUUUUGUAGGUCUCAUUGUAAUAACCAAUUAUGUAUGCAUUUCUAUUGUGUAUCUGUACAUUUGUAUAUUAUACUACCGAUGGUUCAAACAGCACAAUGUUGACAUUCUUGUAACCCUAGAAUGAAGGUGGACAAAAGCAUAAACUGGAUCGGAUAGAACGUCUGGAACAGACGUGUACAAAAAUCCAUCAAGCUCAUCGACUUACAGUUAUACUGUGGCAGAACACAAUUUUCGGUUUGAGAAUUCAUCUAUUCACAUCUUGAUAGAUGUGCUUUACAUCCUAGAUCCACAUAAAGAACCCAUUGUGGCUGUUUUGCAGGAAAAUAUGUUUUGCUUUUGAUACAAACUUUCAUUUUUCUAUUUCUAAUCAUGGAAUCCCUUUAUCUAAAUGGCCAUAGUUCCAGACAUGUGUUCACCAAAGCAACAGUAUGUUCCCUCCCACUCUCAAUCACAGUUUCUUUAGAGGAGUGCCGUAAUGGAUUGCUAAUAAUAACUAAUAGCACGGAUGAAAAGAUAGAGUACAUCAAAUGCAUUUCUUUUGCCUCAAAACUGUAAAUAUAGACAGUGCUGCAUUAGUUCUGUCAACAAAAGCAAAUUGAUGUCUUACCCAGUUAUUAUGAAUUUAUACUCAAAUGACUCAAACGCUAAGGGAAGGAAACUGUCUGCUUUGCUGAACACAUGUUGAAUUUUUCCAACUACAGGGGAGUGGUAGCUUAUGUUUUUUGUGCCCCAUAGAUACAGUAUGUGGUGAUGUUUUGAAUAUGGCUAUGUGCCUUAAUGUAUGUUUGAUAGUUCUCCAGAUAGAGGUUGUAAGAGAUCAGUUUUACAUGAUCGCCUGCAUAUCCUUGUUUGGUCGAUGUAAAAGUGAUCUCAGUAUAGAGUACAUGUUUCAGGGCAACACUAUGCCUUUUAGUUUUAUUCCCUAUUAAGCCUUCUGCCAUUGAUUGUUUACCUGAAGUGUGUGAAACAGUGAAUCUGAGGAAUCCUUAGGUUGAAAUGACUUUCUCUACCCCCUUUCUUUCUCCAGUCCGAAAUUUAAUGAACAUUAAGUGGAUAUUUCUGAUACACUCAUCUGAUUUUAUGCUACAUUUUUUUACAGCUUAACUCCAAUAAGAAGGCAGGGGAAGAGAAGCUCAUAUACCAUUAAGAUGAAGUCAUUGACUCACUGACUUAUUGAAGUGUGCAGUUUACAUGUCUGUGUUAAAUGUGUUGACGUUGAGAGGCACAGUGGAGCAGCUGGCUUCAGCAGUCCCAGAGAGGCUCACAAGAGGAAGCAGAGCACACAAUGUCAGCUGCUGGCAAAUCCCAGCAACAAAAGGAUGUUAGAGUAGAACUCAUAAACAUAACAUACAUAUCAUUUAUCAAAGCAUCCAUAACUAUCAAACUCUUUCUAUUUGUGGUUGGAAAUAUAACAGACUCUGCUGGGGGAUAAUUAUGAGGUGGGGGAAUAAAUGAAAAAAAAACAUAUGGAUGAAGUUAUGAGAAAAUCUAAAUAGCGUAAAUUAGUGGACUAAUUUAGCAUUACAGCAUAUUUCAUUUUAAAGAGUGCCCUCAUGCAUGACUUUAAUGCAUCUAGGAUGGGAGUAAACUAUAGAUAAACAUAUCUUAAAUAGUUACAUACUAUAUUAUGCUGUCUAAAAGAAAAGUGUGACUGUUAUACUUGAUAUUUUUUUAACAAAAUAUGUGAUCAGAAUCACUUAUUGAUCUUUUAAGAUUCCCCAGACAAGCUCUCCAGAUCUCUUUUCUCCGUGUUAAAAUUCAUAUAGUAGUUACAGGCAGAACUGUUGAACAUUCAUCUCUUGUCCAGUCUCCAAAAGCGUCCUGUGAUAAUCACACUGAAUGAUAGAUUGAAAGAAUUUUAGAGAGCGGUGGAUGCGCCAAGACGAGCCGACCUACAUUGGGGCGUGUGUGUUAGGUGCAGAGAGCAGGAGGAGAGAGAGAUGUGGCAGAGCAGAGGGGAGCUGCUGCUGGAUUAUGUAAAGCACUCCCACAGCCCAGAAGUCACAGCGCUUCUAUGGGAGCUCAAAGCAUCUCAGAGAUUCACAGUCUUUGUUAGCAGAAGGCUUAGCCAUUCACUCAGUGGUCCUGCUCCCACAAGAUACACCCCGCAUGGCAGGUUGCUAUGGACAACCACCGCCGCAUCCGCUGCCGGAAUGUCUAUUUGUCUGCAUGGAGGGAAGGGUGGGAGGAGGGGUGAGGAGAGGGUGAAAGAAGAGGAAUAGAAAGAGGAAAACGGGUUGCUGGUUCUGAUUCAAAUUGGCAGUGACUGAUGAGAUUUGGCUCAGCAAGGCCCAGUACUUUACCCCCAGCUUUUAAUGGCCACACAAAUAGAGCACUUAACCCUGAUUCUCCUCUCAUUUGGUCCAGGGACUAGUCUCGGACAACAGUCUCACACUCUUCUUCUGACCCUUUGUCUCUCACUCCACCUCACCCCUUAAACCUAUUCCACGCCACCUUUGUCUACCUUCUAUGUGUGAAACUUGCUGCUGAGUUGGUCUCAGCCAAGACCACCUAAGCCAACAUAUUGGUAGCACCACACUUAAACUGAAGCACUCAGAGCUGACUGCACAACACAGCACAUGCCAACAAGGCGGCCUUGAAGGGGUUGGAAAAGGGACAAGGGGAAGGAAGAUAAAGGAGUUGGAGAGUGUAUGGGAAAAUGAAAACGGGAUUCAGAUAUAAAGAAAAUGCAUCACUUUGAAAUGCAUCACCUUUCUCACUAUGCUACACUCAGUUUAUCAUCUCAUGUACCCCAGUAACUUCUUACUUGGCUUUACUCAUGAAUAUCCUUUUCACUAAGGACAUUGUUCCUCUCUUCAGCCUCUGCCAACUGCCAUGUGCUCUACAAAGGUCUCUGUGCUGUAGCCCCCACUAUAUAACAGAAUGUGUCCUUGGCCUCUAGGCUUUGAAACAAGACAAGAUCUCUGCGGUGAAAUGAAGCCAAGGUCAAGCUGAACUCUGGAACUGGCCAAUCACAAAGCAAUAGUUCCAUG